AUGUAUAUUAUCACAUUGAAGACCCUCAGCGAGAAGCAGAGGAAUGAGGUACUCGAGUGGCUGCGCGAGAACAAGGCGGACUCCGUGCAAGUGCGCCGCAAGUUCUCCGAUGUCUACCCCCUGGCGGAGCUCCUGCAGCCCGACUUUCCCCGACUCAUCGAUCUGGUCAACUACCCGAAGCGGAACGGCAUCAACCUGAAAAUACAGAACUGGGAGACUUUCAAUUUCAAAGUCCUCUCCAAGUUUAACACGAUGCUGGGCAAGGAGUUCAUAGAGGAGCUGGCCAAGGGCAACCAGUGCGCCGUCGAAAUUCUGAUUUACGAGAUGCUGCGUCUCCGGAAGCAGCAAGUGUCGAAGCGACAGGAGCAGAACGCAGCGUCUGAGAAAGAGAAAGAGGUGGAAGUGGAGCAGCAGGAAGAGAUCAAGACCAAGGAGAACGAAGAGAUCACAGUGGUGUAUCAAAACGAAGAGCUCAAGCAAAACGAAGAGGUCGAAGUCGUGGAGCAACACGAAGAUCCCAAGAUCUUGGAGCAAAACGAAGAUGUCAAGACCUUGGACCAGAACGAAGAUGUCAAGACCUUGAAGCAGAACCAAGAGGAGGCUUUGUCAGAGGCAACAGACACAGUGGACACCCUUGACAAAGGUAAGGUGACCUCCAGGAUGAUCUUAUACGCUCGCUACCAGGAGCUUUCUCGCGAGUGCCAGGCCAAGUGGAGCAUGAUCCGCAUGUACGAGAACCACGUGAUCCACCUCGAGACUUUGCUCCAGAGCAGGGAGAAGGAAAUCGAAGAGAUGCGGCAACGAGCAAGUCCGGGAAACUCCAGAGGAGAGGAGGAGAAGCAGCAGCAGAAGGAGAAGGAGAGGAAGAAGCUGGAAAAAGAGGAGUAG